AUGAUGAUGAUUGUGAAGAUUGGAGUUGGUAUGAAGUCAAUGGUGUCUGAGGCAAUUUACCGAAAGGCUCUGCGUUUGACUUCUACAGCAAAGGGAUCGACGUCUACCGGUCAGCUCGUGAACAUCAUGAGUAACGAUACCAACUCGUUGCUGAUGUUCAUGAUGAUGGUCACUGUCAUCAUCAUGGUUCCCUUUAUGCUGGUCAUCUGCGUUGUGUUAGUUGCAAGUAUGAUGGGCGUCCUGACAUGGGUUGCCAUUGCCAUUUAUUUUGUGAUGCUGAUCAUCCAAUUCUGUGUUGUGGGCGUGUCGCGACCGGUUCGAAGAAAUGUGAUGAACACCACCGAUGCUCGUGUGAAGCUGAUGAACGAAGUGCUUACUGGAAUUCGUGUGAUCAAGUACUACUGCUGGGAGAAGCCGUUCAAGGCCAAGCUCCACGACAUUCGUCACAAGGAGCUCGGUUACCACAAGCAAAUGACCUGGAUGAUGAACUUGGGCUUGGACUGUCUGCUGACGCUGGUUCCCAACAUCGUUCCUAUGGUGUGCUUCGCUCUGUACCCCUCCGUGAUGGGCCAGCCGCUGACUUCGUCGAAUGCGUUCACCUCGCUCUCGCUGUUCAAGAUCAUGCAGAUGCCGUUCGCCAUGCUGCCCAUGGUGCUGAUGAUCCUGGUGGAGUUCACCGUGUCUGUGAACCGUAUCACCAACUUCCUCAAUCUGGACGAGUGCGAUGAGUCCAUUGUGGAGAAGAAUCUGCCCGCUGGCAGCAAGGUCACCUACAAGGACAUCAACGGAAACGAGAAGGUGGUGGAGGAUUACGACGCGGCGACGGACGCCGUGCUGAUCCGCGACGGUUAUUUCGCGUGGGGCGACCACGAGAACUGCCUGAAGAACAUCACGACGCGCAUCAAGAAGGGCUCGCUGGUGGCCGUUGUGGGUCGUGUAGGAAGCGGCAAGACCUCCUUCGUGUCCACGCUGGUGGGUGAGAUGACGCGAAACGCGGGUGUGGUGAUGGUGAACGGAAGCAUGUCGCUGUCCGCGCAGCAGGCCUGGCUGGUCAACGAGACGGUGAAGAACAACAUUCUCUUCGGCAAGCCGUACGACGAGAAGAAGUACAAGGAGAUCAUCGAUGUGUGCUCUCUGAAGGACGAUCUGAAGAUGCUGCAGGGAGGCGAUGAGUGCGAGAUUGGAGAUCGUGGAAUCAACGUGUCUGGAGGUCAGAAGGCCCGUAUCUCGCUGGCUCGUUGCUGCUAUUCGGACUCGGAUAUCGUGGUGAUGGAUGAUCCCAUUGCGGCUGUGGAUUCGCACGUGGGCAAGGCCCUGUUCAACAAGUGCAUUCACAAGUACAUGGCCGGUCGUACGCGUAUUCUGGUCACCAACGCCACGCAGUAUCUGCACAAGUGCGACUACAUCAUCGUGCUGGAGAACCAGACCAUUCUGCACCAGGGAACCUACGAGGAGCUGAAGGCUCAGAACAUCGAUUUGAUGAGUCUGCUGACCGAGGAGGACGGCUCUUCGUCGUUCGCCGCCUCGCGCCGCUCGAUGAAGGAGAAGGAGGACGAGGAGAAGCGCCAGUCGAAGGUGAAACAGCCGGAAACGGACGUGAGCCACGAGGACGGAUCGCUGACCACGACGGAGACGAAGGUGACGGGAGGAAUCUCGUGGAAGGUGUACCAGUACUACUUCAAGUCCUUCGGCAACUGGCUGAUGGCCACGGUGCUGCUGUUCUUCGUGAUCGCUUCGGUGUUCAACAUCAUCUCGCAGUUCGUGCUGUCGAACUGGUCGGACGACAACUUCUGCAAUCUGCCAAAUGUGACCCAGGAGGAAUGCACCGAGCGUACCAACAGCUAUAUCUGGACGUAUUCUGGAUACAUUCUGGCGUACUGCGUGCUUACCGUGAUCCGUAUCUGCAUUUUCAUUCCGGGUCGUAUUCGUGCCGCGCAGCUGCUGCACGAUGAUCUGGCCAAUGUGAUUUUGGACGCUCCGGUGUCGUUCCACGAUGUGACGCCCGUGGGUCGUGUGCUGAACCGAUUCAACCGUGAUAUGGCCAUGGUGGACUUCGAAAUGCCGCGUUCGAUGUCCAUGUUCUACCACCAGAUGUUCAUGCUGCUUGUGGAAGUGGUGUGCAUCAUCGUGUCGACGCGCGGUCUGAUGGCCAUUGUGAUCAUCAUUGUGGGAGCGGUGUUCUACAUCUGGCAGCACAAUUUCCGCCGAUCCAACAUCGAUAUUCAGCGUAUCGAGUCCCUCACGCGUACUCCUAUUUUCUCCGAUUUCCAGGCCGUGCUGGCUGGAUCUCCGUCGAUCCGUGCCUACGGACAUCAGAAGCGCUUCAUCUCCGGAAUCGAGAAGAAGCUGGACCGUAACAACAACUGCAUGAUGAUUCUGCAGUGGAGUCAGCAGUCCUGGCUGUCGCUCCGUUCCGAUGUGAUUACCGCCAUCAUGAGCGCCUCGAUCGGUUUGAUCACCAUUUUAGUGAUCAAGUUCACGGACGAGAACAGCGAGAGCUGGAUGAGUCCGGGUCUGCUGGGCGUUGCCCUGUCUGCCUGUUCGGCCCUUUCGAAUUUCAUGAAGCAGAUGGUACGAAUGCUGGCGCAGAUGGAGUCGCAGAUGAACGGAGUGGAGCGUAUCAAGGAGUACGUGGAUACGGUCAAGCCGGAGCCUCCCAUGCACACGGACGUUCAUCCUCCGGAGAACUGGCCUUCGGAGGGAGCCAUCGAAAUCAAGGACGCGAAACUGCGAUACCGCGAUGGCCCGCUGGUCAUGAAGGGAGUGAAUCUCUCGGUCAAGCCGCACGAGAAGGUGGGUGUGGUCGGCCGUACUGGCGCUGGCAAGUCGACGAUGAUGAUCGCUCUGUUCCGAAUCACCGAUCUGUGCGAGGGUUCCAUCUCGAUCGAUGGAAUCGACCUGGGCAAGCUGGGUCUGGAGGAUGUCCGUCGCGCGCUGUGCAUCAUUCCGCAGGACCCCGUGCUGUUCUCGGCCUCGGUGCGCUUCAACCUGGAUCCGUUCAACGAGUCCACCGAUGAGGAGAUCUGGUCGGUGCUGGAGCAGGUGGAGUUGAAGGAUGUAAUCGACAACAUGCCUCGCAAGCUGGAGGACGACGUGCAGGAGGGAGGCACUAACUUCUCGGUGGGAGAGCGUCAGCUGAUCUGCAUGGCGCGUGCGCUGCUGAAGAAGCCGAAGAUUCUGAUUAUGGACGAGGCCACCGCGUCGUUGGAUAACGAGACGGAUGCUUUCCUGCAGCAGAUGAUUCGUAAGCAGUUCUCGAACUGCACCACGCUGACGAUCGCGCACAGACUGAACACGAUUAUGGAUGCGGAUCGUGUGUGUGUGAUGGACGCUGGUAAGGUGGCGGAGUACGAUACGCCUUAUAAUCUGCUUCACAAGAACGGUAUCUUCAAGGGAAUGGUGUUGGCUGCCAACGAUCCCAACCUGUUCGAUUUGGUUCCGGGAUGUGAGGAGAUGAAGAAGGAGUUGGACGAGUAUAAUUUAGCGAAGGGUGAGGAUACGAAGAAGUCGGAGCAGACUGAGCAGACUGAGCAGACUGAGCAGACUGAGCAAGGUGACGUGAAAUCGUCUAUAUAAUCUACUAAUACUGAUAGUGCAUUUGAUUAUUAAAAAUAUGAUUGAUUUAAUGAUAAAUUGAU